CUUUAUCUGCCCACAAGGACAAGAUAAUCUGUGGGUAAAUCAUCAAUGAAUAACAACAUGUACCAUGAUAAGAUGUGCACAUAAAUAUCACUGUGUGCUCCACAUUAAAUCAUAUCCAUCAGCACGGCAUAAACAGCAGCUCCUCGUCUUCCUCCGAGUUUAUUUUGCAAGUCAAGGAGUUGACUCUAUCGUGUGUCUCAUCAAGAGCAAUGACGCACAGUUCAGUUCUGCCUCUGCUGCUCCUGCUGGGCACGUGUUCGGCUUACACCUACCGAAAUGUGGCCUUGCGUGGAAAAGCUAGCCAGUCACUGAGUUAUCCAGACUAUUAUGGAGAUGCAGACAAAGCUAUUGAUGGAAACCGUGAUUCUAACUAUCUUGCUGGUUCAUGCACCGCUACUGUUGAGAUGACCAACCCAUGGUGGAGAGUGGACCUGCUGGAGUCCUAUAUCGUCACCUCUAUCAUCAUCACCAACAGAGGAGACAGGUAUCCAGAAAGGCUUAACGGGGCAGAGGUUCACAUCGGCAACUCUUUGCAAGACAAUGGCGCGGCAAACCCAGUGGUUGGUGUGAUUUCUCAUAUCCCUGCAGGCAGGUCUUUAAACAUUACUUUGACCAAACUUGUAGAGGGACGAUACGUGACGGUUGCUCUACCUGGUUCAGGAAGACUCCUUACACUCUGUGAGGUGGAAGUGUACGGGUACCGUGCUCCAACAGGAGAGAACCUGGCACUCCAAGGAAAAGCCACACAGUCAUCGGCGCGUAAUUUUGAUGGCACAGCUUAUAAUGCCAUUGAUGGAAAUCGUUUAAGUGCCUGGGGCCAGGGUUCUUGUACCCACACAAAGGCCGACUUUAACCCCUGGUGGCGACUGGACCUCGGCAAAACCCACAAAAUAUUUUCUGUUAAGAUAACCAACAAUCUAGAUCGUACGCCAACACGACUUAAUGGAGCUGAGAUCCGUAUUGGAGAUUCUCUUGAAAACAAUGGCAACAACAAUCCCAGGUGUGCUGUGAUCUCAAGCAUCCCUGGAGGUUUCACGGAAACCUUCCAGUGUGACGGGAUGGACGGUCGCUACGUCAACGUCGUCAUUCCUGGGAGAAGCGAGUACCUGCUUCUCUGUGAGGUGGAGGUGUACGGCUCCAGACUGGAUUAGGUCUGAGGAGUUUCUAUGUGCAACAAUGAUAUUUGACAUUGAUGUUAAGCUGAUGCUCCACAUGCUGGUUUUUAAAUCAAAGCUUAAGCUUCACUUGCUAGCUGCAGAUGGAUGGGAGUUUCAGCUUGGUAAACUUGAUAAUGAAAAAGUAAUCAAACUUGCCAAAUAUUAUGAACAUUAAAGGUAGGGUAGGUAAGUUUGAGAAACCGGCUCGAGAUACACUUUUUGUUAUAUUCCAUCGAAUGCUCUUAACAUCCCGAUAGCAAUGAAUAUCUUAAGUGCUUUGACAAAAAAUCCAUUAAAAAAUGUCAUCUGUGGAAGCCGUAGUACUGUAAAAAGCACGACCAAUCAUUUUAGCCGACCCGGCUAAAAUAACUGGAUGGCCUACCUGCCUGUCAGCCUUCCAUCUGUGCACAAACUUAUCUCAUGCCCUCAUUGGUCAUGUGCGCGUUCGUGUGUGUUGGAGGAGGGGCUCUAUAAGGAAGUGGCAGAUUUUCUCCGGCUGUGUAUUUUCAAAUUCUAGCGAUCUCGAGCCGGUUUCUCAAACUUACCUCUCCUACCUUUAACAGGUUAAUUAAUGUGUAUUUCAACUGUCUAAUUUAUACAACAUGUGGCAUUGCGUGGAAAAUAAAUCAAGGGACAUUAUAAUCAACAUUGCAUUAAGGUCAAUCAUUUCUAAUUAUUAAUGGCCAUCAUUAUCAGUGAACAGAAAUCUAAAUAUUUCUUUAUGCUCUUAUAUUUGUAUUGUUCGUGUGUAUAAUGCGUAAUGCGUUUUUUCUUAUUAGAAUUAAUGAACUACAACUACAAAUGAUGUGUAACAGAAUGAAAAUAACUGAUCUUUGAAUAACAUUUGACUAAAUUAGUAAAAAGCGUCAUGUUACGGUUUUGAAUUUAUGUUUUCAUUUUCCACCUUUGUUUUGAAAUGUUUUCCUCCUUGGCCCGUUCUCAUGUCUUCAAAUGUUCCUCCUCGACUCCCCUCCUCGACUCCUAUCCUCGAGACUUAGUCCCGCCCACAGGAGAUGCGAGCGGAG